AUGGCGCUGUUCAGGAGGUUCAUCGAGCCUGGCCGGCUGUGCGUUGUGCAGUAUGGGCCUGAUGAGGGCAAGCUCUGCUUUGUUGUGGACAUCAUCAAUGGCAACAGAAUCCUCGUGGAUGGCGCCAACGUCACUGGAGUGCGUCGGCAGUCGAUUCCGAUCCGGCGGGUGGCGCUCACGGACAUGCGGCUCAAGAUCCCGCACGGCGUGCGCAGCGUGACUUUGCGCAAAGCGCUGGAAAAAGAUGAUGUAAUUAAAAAGUUCAACGAGAGUUCUUGGGGAAGAAAAAGAAUUGCGAAGCAGCGCAGGGCUGCGCUGACGGACUUCGAGCGGUUCAAGUUGAUGGUGGCGCGCAAGCAGCGCGCGCAGGCGGUGCGCGCCAAGCUCGGCAAGCGCAUGCAAAAAGUGGAAAGUUGA